GAGGCAGGAAUUGGACAGGAAUCCUACUGGGAGAUUUUUACAUGUAAGAACUGCAACAUUGCCGAAAAUAUGGCAAAUUUAAACGAAAUUAAGGCAGCGUUUACACUUGGUGCCCGGGCAGGGUGCUUGAGCAUGAUAUGAUAUUCAAUGGGCACUAAUGUGAACAAACCGUUUUUGUUUUCAAUUUCCCAAUUCAAGUUGGAAUUUGAGCACGGUGUCGUUGGCCGACCUUGUACUCGGGCCCUUUGUAGGCACCGGGUCUCUGUGUCUACACAUUUUCUGUCCCGGUUCUGACUUCCUGCUUCGCUCACGUUUGAAAAUGGCACCAGACACAGGGUGAAAUGGAGCAAAUAUGUACAUAGUCACAUAUUGGGUAACCAAGGUAUAAACAAACACCAUUUUGCGCUGGUACCAGGACACCAGUACUCGGGCACCAGGUAAUCCCUAAGUCGUACCGAGUUGAUAGUGACCAGACAUUUCAUUUAAGAGGUACCACUUAAUAAGUUAAAGGGAGAUAACAAAGACUAAACUUUCUUUUGUUCAAGUCGUUCUAUGUAGACUCACAACUAUAAGUUUUGAAAUGUUAUUAUGUAUAUUUUUGCAAUCUUAUUCGCAGGAGCUUGUAUUUAUUCAUGCCGCCCUUAUUUCAUCUUUGUCCAAGAUAAACGUAUGUUAACAAUUAUUGAAUUCGGCUUUUGUAUCACUUGAAAAAUCAUGGACAUCUCGGAGGCUGUUAUCCGCCUCGGCCACCCUCCUCGAUCUCCAUAAUUCUUCAGGUAGUACUCAGCCUCUUUCAAUAAUUGUUUUAUUAUUCAUUCAAAAUAAUCCCUGGUCUUAAAAACAAACUAAAACAUGCAUACUUCUAUCGAUGUUAAGUUCAUCUUCGAUACAGUUGGCGGUCCUUGGUCCAUGACUAAGAGAUAUUUCCAUGAAUAUCUUACCUUAAUAAAAUCGUAACGAGCUGAAAUACCCCCUGAAUAUAGCUUUUAUGUUACUCUCGAUGAUCGUAAAGUUGCAAGUUCCAAACUUUUGCUUGUGAUUCGAAAAAAAAAAAAAAAAAAAAAAAAAAACAGCGUGCUCGAUGGUCCUUGGUCCGCGACUCAGCACAAAAAAAAAAACAAAACGUGAUAAUGCGAUAUUUGGUACACAAAAGAUUAAUUUGCACAAUAUUUCAUGUAUUUUUUCUAUUCUUGAUGCAAUAAAGCUAUAAUUUUUUCAGAAGUUGUUGUGAUUAUAAGGUAAUCUGCUUUUCUUUCAAAGACUUCAGAUAACGGUCUCCCACACGAGCGGUUAUCAAAGCAGUCCAAAAUAAUGACUAAAAACUCUGUAUGUAAAGAACUUGUGAACAUGUAUAGGGACGGUUUUUGAAACAUUCUUCGAAAACAAAGGCAGUCUUCUUUUAUUUUGCGGAAUGUAGUUCCACCAAGGUCAUAGGUGGCGGACCAAGGGCCACUACGCGAAAUUUAGUGAUAUAUUUCAAGAGUCGAUAAAACAAAAACGUCUAUAGCAAUGUGCUUUUAACGGCAGAAAUAGGUUUAUCUGAAAACUGACCUAUUCAGCAAAAAGGCACGUCUCGCCCGUUGCGUACAAUUUAUUCACAAGCUAAGUAGACAUGACCAUGUAACUUCCGGUGCCGCAGAACUUUCAAGAAAGACAAAUUAACCUACCUGUCAACAAACUUUAAUUUCGCGCCUCACACACAGCAGGAAAGCCGAAACUUCGUCGUAUGAAAGAAUGCUAAUCAAUAAAUCAUCGAACCUUUCAUUUCUUACCGUAUUUUCUUUCCCGUCGAAAUAAUUAACCAUGUUUGGAAAAGUCGCGGACCAGGGACAUCGCGGACCAAGGACCACAUACUAUAGUGCACGUCAAUCGGCAAGGUUAGGAGAUAGAGGGUUGUUCGGCUCUGCAAAUAUUCUCCAAAUAGCAGAUGUCCUUCGAGCUGUCGUCUUGCUGUUCUUGCUAUGUUUUUAGACAAAAGUUCGCCUAUUUCUUUCUGGUGAAACGACUGAAAUGUUCCACCAUUUUUAUUCUCACUACCAAAACAACUCAACCUCGUUCCCAGGUCUUCUCGGUUAACGGUUCAGUAAUCUGCAGCUUUGCUGCACUUUUGACGUCCUCAUUUCAAUAUGGCAAAAUUCUUCCAAAUUUGCAAGACAAAAGCUGGUUAUGAUGAAUUAUGCGUGGGAUUUUAGCCAAUCAGAAAUAUUUUGAAUGAAUGAUAACAUGGGAUACCGGUGUCCAAACAGCUGGAAAUAAGUUGUAACCGGGGUCUUUUGAGAUGUCUGGAUAUCCAAUCAAACAAGGCGUUGAUGAUCGUUUUUAAAAUUAAAAGUUAUUUGAAAGAAAUUUACUGCCUUGAAGUUGGGAAAACAUUCUGCCAGCUAUAGUUCGAUACCCACAGCGUAUUUUUAAGUAUAAGUAUCUUAUAAAGUGGAAACACCGGCAACAAUGUAUAAAAUCAGGGGCUUUGCUAGAAGUACGCCAGUGUCCAUUGCGCCCAUGUACACGUGCGUACCUUCAAAUGACAAAGAUUUAGAAAAAAAAAAAUAAAUAAGAAAAACAAAGCAGAGGAAAGAGGCAAAAGGGAAAUAAGCAAUUACAACUGAGAAUCGAAAGAACAAUCGUAAAUUUACCUCCGCAAUAACUGCUGCCAGAUAUUUUUUAUAACAAAAUGAAAUGAAGUGUUUUUCCGGAUUUUGCCUCACGUGCAAGUGUAAGAGACAAAAAUGAUCAUUACAUAAAAUGGUGUCCGGUGACCGCAUACUUGCGUGGACGCGGGAUGUAUGUCAUGGAGUUUCGAUAAGAUUAGCUUUUCCCGCUAUUAGAACGCACAAUAAAAAAUAGCUUUCAAAGCGGCUAUAAGUGGACGUUAUAGUAAGUUAUGUCUGCUGCUAUUUAACAAUUAGUCGCAGAAUGCGACUAAUUGUUUUAGUAUAAUUACAUUGAUGAUUAUUUGAGGAAAUAAAAGAAAGCGACUUUUAUUGGAAAGAUUUCAGUGCCAGAUCCAAACCUUGAGAUAAGGAGGGGGUGGGGGUGGGGGUCUCCCCCCAAAUUUGUUUGGGCCGUUUGGGCCUCAGUUUAGCCCAAAAAUAAGGUGGGGCGGGGGGGGGCCCCAGACCCCUCCCUUGGAUCCACCACUGGAUUUUGUGGCUUAAAGAUGUCGGUCGAGGGCGGCUCUGAUCGACAAUGGGCUGGUUUUCUUAUAAUAGCUGCCGUCGGGUUUCCUCACGGAAACGUAAAAGUUUGCCAGACACUUAUUUAAUUCAUCGACUUCCAUUUUUUCUAUUUCAUUUGUGAACUCUUGCUGCUGUUGAAACCAUUCUGUACAACAAAAUAUUUUGCAAAAGUUACUAAAAGUUGCCAACACUUUGAAGCAAAAAAGUGUAAACAAACAUACCAGUUUUCAGUAAAUUGCGUUACUUGCAAAAGGGUAAUUUUAUCAACCUACCUUUGAAUAGUUUGACUCCAAAUUGUGUGGCAUCUUUGUUUUAUGAGGAACAGCAUUUUCUAUAAAUUGAUCAAUUUCCGACUCCGAAACAUCAACAAAUCUGGCUGCCAUUUUAAAGACUGCUAGCCUCUAAUGUACAUCAUCCCGCCAUAAUCACCGCGCGGUUAUUAUAACGGAAUGAGGCGAAGCCCCUAGCCAGUCAUAGCGCUCAAUUCUAGAUAAUCAUCAAUGUAAUUAUACUAAUAGAUCAUAGUUCUUCUACAAAAAGGGAUGAUUACCUCACAGAAACGUAUUUUGCUUUAAAGCGUGUGAAGCACAGACAACAUUGAGUGACAAUAAUGGCACCAUAGAAAGCCCAGGCUAUCCUUGUGGAUAUGGUGGAUUCCAAUAUUGUAACUGGGCAAUCAGACCAAGUGGACCUGCAUCAUCAAUCUUAAUUGAAUUCCAUCAAAUGAGUUUGUCCGUUUAUCAUCAUCACCAGUCAUUCUAUUGCAGGUAGGAUAAAUAAAAGUCAGUAGGGUCUUAGUGUCUUUGUUUUUAUUUGUUUGUUUUGUCGUUCGCGACAAAAUGAUAAAACAAAACAGACUGCAGAGAAUCACGCUGGGAAAAAAAGUGCUAAAAAUCGGCCAAAAGAUUGAGUGGGGGCGUGAAAGGCACAAACAGUUUUGGAGUUUUUGGGGUUAUAACUUUGUUUCCUUUAAAGGCAUGACACUGAAAUUAAUACAGGCAACAAUACUUGACACCAGGAAAAUUUUGGAAUAGACGUUUUGUUGGUAAAGAGUCACGUGACCCUCUAAUGGCCAAUUAAAAAAUUAAAAACUCCCAAAGACUUCUCCUCCAAGAGAAUUAAACCUGAAAGUGUGAUACUUUGCAGAAAUAUAGUGGACAUAAAAUUGAAGAACUUGUCCGAUUUGAAAUCAUACAAGGGGCUUUUUGGUCAUGCGCAGUACUAACCCAAAACAUAGAGAAUUUGAUAGAACAACUUAAGACAAAUACAAAGUGAAAGUCUUUACUCAUUAUCUUCUAUAGUUUAAGAGAUAUUUGUAACAUUCCACGCAUAUGUUUAAACAGACUUUGGACGGAUUUUGUGGCCGAUUUUUGGCACUUUUUUCCCCAGCGUGAUUGCCAUUUACAGUGCAGAUUUAGUGUAAAACGCGCCCUCCACUUAUAAUGGGGCUGCAGAGAAUUAUAAAUCGUCAGGGGCCGAUCCUGAAAAUUCAGAAAAAGAGUGACGGGACAAUUGUCUACUUGCCAGCUAUAUAAGAGGGUCUUAAUGGGGUGGUGGCCUUUAUGGUUACCGGCCUUGCUAUUGCAGUAGCUAACCGAUUUCAAAUACUCAUCCAGAGUAGUGUUUCAACAACGAGCUGACUGUUUAAGUCCAUAAAUGCUUUCCUUCAGUUUGCAAACAUGAUUUGGUCUUCCAGGAUCAACAAAUCCUUCUGGUUGUGACAUGUAAAUUCCACGGUGCAAUGAACCGUUCAGAAAGGCAGUUUUUACAUCCAUUUGGUGUAUCUCCAAAUCUUGUACGUUAGCUAGCUAGGGCAAGAACGAUCUCACAGAUGUAUAACUGGCCACUAGUGAAAACACUUCUUCAUAGUCUAUACCUCUGACUUGGGAAUAUCCUUGUGCAACAGGUCUGGCUUUAAAACGAUCUAUGGAACCAUUUUCAUAACGUUUGAUUUUCAACACCCAGCGGGAUCCAACAAUGUUCUUUCCUCCGGAUGGAGGUACCAAUGCCCAUGUAUCAUUCUUUAAUAAAGAUGAGUAUUCAGUCUUCAUGGCUUCUUUCCACUGAUCAGAUUGUUUACCAUUCAAUGUUUUAUGACCUUCUGCUUGGCUCAUCAAUUUCAGAGUCAGCUAACAGGCAAUCAUAAUAUUGGAAUCUCCUUGGCAUUCUUCGCUACCUAACUGGUCCUAAUUUUCGGACUUCUUUCAUAAAUGCAUCUUCAUGUUCUUCUAACUUGUUCUUCAUUUACGCGCUCUCUCAGCGGUGCUGCAACUGUUUCAACAUUCUUUGGAAAUGGGCAGUCAACUUUCUUCACAGGCGCGGGUUCAACAUUUUCUAGAACUGCAGUAUUAACUUUCUCUUGAUCAACGGUUUCAGCACUCUCUUGAACUUGAGGAGCCCCAUAGCUAAGGAAAUGUGGUAAUCUACCCAUCCGAGAAAAUUUGGUAAUCACGUGACCGUACGCCCGACCGUCCGUCCACACCACAGGGAAACUAAUGUUUACUCUCACACUUUCUAGCUACAACGUAGUUUGGGAGCCCAAGCGAAAACUAAUUGCACACUAAUGUUGCGAUCAACUCACAGCUGUGAAAACAGGGUACCCGCUGACCAGUAUCACCUGACCGUACCGCGGGCUCAAGUGUCGGUCGAGUAUUUUUUAAAGUUAUUCGCGGACAAAUUACCAGUUUCAAAUCAUCGCAGGCUCAAGUUUAUUUUUUCCAAUGAUUCAUAUGAAAUAUGUUGUGUUUACGUCACUAUGCCCCUGCACUGUUAAGAUUUUGAUUUCAAACUGACCUUGGACGCAAAAAUUCAGCCAGUUUUUGAAAAAUGCAGGUGAGGAAGACCUUUCCUUACAAUGGUCAAGCGUUGGUCACGCUCUAUGUCUAAUGUUUACACUCUGAUUGGUCAAAAUUUGACAGGUAAGUUCAUGCGGAAAAUUUAUGCAGCAUCUUGAAAGUUGUUUUCUUUGACAGCUAAAGCUGACAGAGUUUUGUGUUAACUUGUAAUGUUUUUAACUGUCUUUUUCCUCUGGAUGUACCAAAUGAAAUACAGCUGCUAUUAAGAGUCUUCUGUUAUUCAUGGCUGGUUUGUUUAUUGGGUUUUUGGUACGGAAAUGCGUCUCUUGUCAAAAUUCGGUAAUCUGAUUUCGGAUGACAGCGUUUUCGUUUUUUACCUUGCUUAAUGCGUAAGAGGGUUUAAAAGUCUCAAGCAACUGUGGCCUUCCUUGAUAUCUUUCAGGAACUGAAUCUCUAAUGAAUGGUAAGCCUGAGUAAUUAUUGCCUUUGAUGUCUGUCAAAACAUUGAUGUCCAAUAUGUGUGCAUUAUCAGUUUUCCUGUGCUCCCAAACUAGCCAGAAAGUAUGAGAUUGAACAUUGUUCGCGAUCUAGUAAAACAAUUAACUGGUAAGCGGACAGCUUCCAAAUAAAUCACGUCACCUCGACGAGUUGACACAUGAGCCCGCGGUAUGGUCAUGGGAUACUGGUCAGUGGUUAUCCCGUUUUGACAGCUGUCAAUUGACCAUAUUGUGAAUGUCCUAGAUAAAAGAUCUGGACUUGCAAAGGCACGCCUGAGACACCCUCUCCCUUCCUUUUGAUAGACUCCCCUACCCCACCCGUACAAUAGGGAACUUAAGAUAGAGACGUUUUAGGGGCGACGGCAACUUCAACCGGACGUGACAUCAUCAUUUGUUGGAUAUUGCGCAUGCUCGUGCUCACCACCUUGCCAUCGUGGUCCCGUCGGCGACGUGAAACUGGUCUGUUUGGCGUUGUGGCAAAAACGUGAGUAUUUAACUUUCAUUUCAAUCAGGUUUGUUGCGUUUAGCAACCAACAUUUUGCAGAUUAUCGUUCUUAAAUUGUCCUUGUUUUCUGUGAGGCACAUUUCAAGCUCGAUUUCCAAGCUCUGUUAUCUAAACUUACAUCUUUGAAUGUCUCUAUGUUUUCGUGUCACAGGGUCAAGAUCCAACUUGGUAAACAGCCAACCGUAAGUGAGCUUGACAUGGACAAAAUUGCCCUACGAGCCAAAUAAAAGUAUCCAGACAAAAAAUAUGAACUCCGAUAUUUCAAUUGUGUGUUUUUAGUUCGCUAUUUUCGUUAGAAUAUCGCAUAAAUGAAACGCAUUGAAAAUUAUAUAGAAUAGUGGGUAAUACCAUGUACUAACUCGGCGUGGGAAUACUGAAAUAAAGUUGUUGCCGUUGUUGUUGUUGUUGCAUGCAAGUAUUUCCCGGGAAUUAUUUCAAUACCAAAAUAAGAAUACGGUUCCUUGGUAGCAUUUUAAUUUUCCUGUAAUUUGCAAGGCUUCGGCAAGCCUGUGGAGAUAAUUUUUUUUUCAACACGAAAUUCUGCCUUGAAGUCAGCUGCAUCCCGCAUGAUUUUUAGCGUGAACGGAUCGUAGCUGUCCCGAAGAAAAUCGGGAUUUUUGGACUCAUAAUUUUCCCACAAAACGAGAAAGUCUUCAUCCGAUACAUGUUGUCUGCAUGAAGCCAUAUUUUCCUCUUCUGUAUUCUUCUAAUUAAAGGCGCCGUCCUUCUGAGUUCACUGCGAUCUUAAUGUUCGAUUUUUGACGGGAAGCGACGGCUGCCUCAGUGCCAGGCUUUCUCCGUCAGUCCGGUCGCCGUCGCCCCGAAAACGUCUCCAUCUUAAGUUCCCUAAUCUGUAGACGGGUAGGUACGUACGUACGCUCGGACAACCGAACGAAAAGAGGUUGACCAUAUUCCAUUAGUAUGGGGCCCCACUAUAAGCUUACAGAACUUUAAAAGGCCUUCAGAUAUAUUUUCUCACCGCAAAUAGAAAGAAAACGUUCCGAAGAAUACUUAGUUAUAAACUUGGCUGUAGAAAGAAAACUUAUAGCGAUUUUCUUUCUUCGAGGAGUUCAUCUUUGAAAAAAGCAACUUACCGGGAGGCCGGCUGAAAGUAAAACAUAAUUAACUUAAGCUUAAGUUUUGAGCUUAAAGAAUCAGGAUUUUUAGAGACACUUAAAUACUUGUCUUCGUGAAUGAAAAGUGUUGUCUCUGUAAAUGUUUCACCGAAUUAUAUUUCUUUUAUUGAUUGUUAGCAGUCUCUCUUGCAAUGUUAAUCGCUUGUCCGUUUUGUUUGUUUUCAUCGUUCCUGAACAUCAUUUGCAGGAGUACUUAAAAAUGUCGCGCGUAUCAAACGCUUUAUAAGAUCACACAUCGUUAUAACUGAAACCAUUAAAUAACAAAAAAAAAAUAAAAUAAUAAAUUCUUUAUUAUGCUGAAGCGUAACUAUUAAAGUUCGUUCAAAUACUCGACCAAACUGACACCUCGCACUAGAAAUGAGAACCGGCUGGCAACUGAGUGCAACUUGUCUCGAAAAACUGUGAAAUACCGCAUUCUGUCCCAGGUCUGUACGAUAAAUAGGACUGUUUCACCUCAUAUGUAAUGUAUAGAAAGUAUAAAAGGUUGGUUUACACACCCCCAGAUUUGUUGGCAAGAAUUUGUAAAGUAAACCUGACAAACGCAAAGAAAUUCGGACUGAUUUGUUUUCCAAGAAUUUUUUUCGACGCCUAAUCUACUGUGAUCAAGACCCAUUACGGCUCUUGAAUGUGAUCGAAGAUGUUUGCUCUUUUUUGGAUGUACAUAUAAGGUUAUCAGCUCGAUGUAAGGUGUUUUACUCUAAAAUAAAUUGGCCUUUCCCUCAAAAGUGACAUGAAUAUGCCCUUAAGUUAACUGAUUUGUGGAUUACAUGUUUAUUGUUUGAUUUAAAUAAUAUAUUUAUUAAUGGGAGCUUCGCUUUUAGCCCUAGCUAAAUCUAUAUAUUAUCUGAAAAAAAUUAAACAUCAAAUCUGCUUGGCCAGCAUCAUCUGAUUUAGCCUUCUCGUCAAAAUGAUCAAAGCUCUCUUCAAAGAAUUGAACAUCUCGACUCACAACAAACUUUUUCUUCUUCUUCUUCUUCUUCUUCUUCUUCUCCAAAUCAUACAACUUAUACCCCUUGACACCAGGAUAUCCAACAAAAAUUGCUUUGUGGGCUUUAGUAUCAACCUAUCUCCGCUGACUAUCUGGAACAUGAGCAUAACUCACACAACCAAAUGCUUUUAGAUAAGAAAUGUCUGGUCUUCUACCAAACAAACGCUGAAAUGGAGUUUUAUCUUUCAAUGCUGCUGUGGGACUUCGAUUGUUAAGGUAAACUGCUGUGCUGCAGGCUUCUGCCUAAAAUGCCAGCUGUAAUUUUGGUAGAGCAUCGAUCUUGCUCCCUCCAUUAUGGUGCGAUUCAAUUGUCCAGCAACACCAUUUUGCUGUGGAAAGUAUGGAACAGUGACCUCCUCCCUUGUCUGCACAGAACGUAGUAAACUUCUUGGAUGUGUACUCUCCUCCAUUGUCAUUCUCAGAACUUUAACAUCUUCCUCUACAAGAAUGUUCAGCUUCAUAAUCUGAUAACCAAUAUGUUUCUCAACUGAAUUUACAUAUUCCUUGAAUUUCAAAAGAACUUCACUCUUGGUUUUAUGAAGUAAGCAGUGGUAUAUCACGAAAAAUCAUCUGUGAACGUAAGCACGUAUUUACUUCAGCCUUUUGACUCCACUUACAUUGGACCACAUCCAUCACUGUGUAAAAUCUCAUAUGGUCUGGUUGCCCUGUGUUGGCUCUGUUUUUGAAAAGGAUUUUCCUGCAUUUUGCCAAGAACACAUGCUUCACAUUCUUGCUGGGAUUGGGUAUCAGCAACAUAGUUCAUACAAUUAGCCAUUUCUCUCUUCUUGAACUGAUUCAUAUCUAUUAGGUGUAUUUUAGAUGACCCAAUCUACGUUGCCAAUCUGCAAGUGAUGGUGCACUGUUUGCUGUUGAAACUUGAGUGUAUUCGGUAGAAUUGACUGUGUACAGCUAGUCACGCAAUAGACUGCCAAUAACAAAUUCUUGGCCAUUCUUCCGUUCUAAACAUUUAUCCUUGUCAAAGUGAAGUUCUGCUCCCAUCAACGCCCUUGCCGGUACUGAAAGUAAGUCCUAGGUUAGCUUUGGUACAAACAACACUUGAUGCAAGUCAAGGACAAUUUCACGAGUACUGUUUACUGUAGGGAGUUUGACUUUCCCUUCGCCAUGUGCAAGAAUUACUGUGCUGUCUCCCAGGUAAAUAUUUGUGUUGUUCUUGGUACUGAACAUAGUUUUCUAAAAUGCCUUUAUUGCUUGUCGUGUGCUUUGUGGUUGCUGAGUCAAUAAACCAUACAUUCAUUUGACUGAUUAAUCGUGCUUGAGAUUAGUGCAACUCCUUCCAGUUCGGCCGUAUUGGUUUUUUCACUUUUCCCGGUGUUCUCUUUGUUGCUGUUCGGGCAGUUCUUUACAAUGUGUCCAUUCUGGUUGCAUUUGAAGCACUUAACACCUUUGUGUUUAACGCGAUCACAUGGCUGGAAUGAGCAUUAGAGUUGAAAUUAUGAAAUCGCCCACCUCGACCGCAACCGCCAGCAGCUCCACCACGUGGUUGAAAUCUUCCUCGAUACGACGAUUUCCUCUGUUAUCAGAUUAUUGUUUCUCGUUCUUCUCAGCCCGCUUCAUAUAUUCUCGAAUCAACAAUCCUUUUACAUUCUCCCAGUCGAGAUCAUCAGCGCUCGGGCGUUUAAACUUGUCAAGAAAUUAUCAUACAACUCGGGUAAACUUCCUAGCACGACCGUAGCAAAUUUCUUCGAUGAAAGUCAUGUGAUGUCAUAGGAAGUCAUGUGAGUCCAAUGCUGUAUUAAAUCUGGGCCGUCUUUCAUACUUGCUGCUUAAAAUCUACGAUUGAGACCAACAAUUUGAGUAACUGACACAAAUUCGAAUUGCUUUUGCAAAAUUUUCCACCCGGUGAACGAGUCGGUCACCGAAGAUAUGUGAAUUUGCAUAUCUUUUUCUAUGUUUGACGCAAUGAGUGAAUAAGCUUUGUCGGAUCAAAGGCGAAAAGAAUUUCCUACAGCUGCUGAUACAUCGGUUUCAGGAGGCGUUUCUUGGCCUUCUUGAGUGAAACCCCAUAAACCACGCUCCAUUAAAACGAGCUUCACGUUGUACUUCCAUGACUGGUAAUUUCUCCCGUUCAACUUUUCGAUCUUUGACACAGCGAAACUCGACAUCUCCGCCGUACGCUUCGGCAAAAUAACAAUCACGUAACUUACAGCAUUUUUCAAAGUCCUGGGCCCAUAAACCUAGGUUAAAAUGAUUCAGUUCAUUCGAUACCUUGAGACAUUUAUUCCUUAAAGUUUCGUUGUGUUACACUUCACGUAGCGAGAAGGAGAAGAAGAGAACAGAACUACAAUGUCAAACACAAGUCAAUUGUUGACUGGGAAAUUAGCCAAUCAGAAAUGUUUAUUGAACAGCAUAAAUAUGAUAUGUAAUCCCAAUGAUAAAAACAAUAGCUACACUUGUUAAUUACACUUGUUGUGGUUUUAUUAAAUCAACUCCUGUAUUGUUACCCUGCGUACUAAUUUUAGCUUUUUUUCUCUUGUGUGAUUUAGGUUGCAAGACUAUCUUGCAUUCUCAUCUGCAGUGAACAAAAAUGCCAGUUUUUUGUGUGAUGGAGAUGUUAAUUACGUUCUUGUAUCAAGUAGCCAGGCUGAUCUUACUUUUUCGGCGCUUCACGACAGACGCUCCGCUGGUUUUAAAGCUACGUACAAAAUCCUGCAGAAUAAUUUUACAGGUAAUAAUCACAACAGCCGUUCGCAAAACAGUGGUCUCGACAGAUUAUUGAACAAUUGGUAAACAUUUUAGGAUGGGGGUUACGAUUUAAUGCUAAAUUUCUUUGGGAUAAUGUAAACAUUACUUAGGAAUUCGAAUUUCGAAAAAUAAAAAAAAAACCUUGGAUUAGCAGAGAAUGAACAGGAAGUCCUAGCUGAAUAAUUUUUUGUUCCAUGUAAGGGAAUCUAAGACAGUCCAGAAUUCUGGAUUCCACCCCGUGGAUUGCGGACUUUUUGUCAGUGGGACCUGGAUUCCGGAUUCAAAUCGUUACUAGGAUUCCGGAAUCUUUGAUUCAAAAGCAGAGGAUUCCGAAGCCAGCCACGGCCAGCCACUGGAAAACUGGGGUCUGCCUCUCUCCAGUUCCCCUCUGGGCCAUUUCGCUCUCUCCUGUCCUUCCGAACCUUGACACGACUGACGGAAAAAAGGAUUGCUCGCAGUCUAAAUUUUUUUCGGAUCCCAGAUUUCACAGAUUUCACAAGCAAUAAUGUCCCUGAUUCUUAUAGUCAUUGGACCAUUGAGAGGAUUGUGAGUUCGAUGCGAUGAUCAAUCAACCACGCAGUCGUUUUACACCCCUGAUGCUGAUGAGAGUCCGGUAGAGGCAAUGGUCAAAUUCUGCUAGCGGCGUUCCUAUAGUAGAACUCGCAAGGGCGUGUCUAAUUACGUUUCUUUUCAUUUCUUAUAAACAUCAGCAGUAACUACGCUCUCUUCAUGGAAUGUCUCUGAAAAAUGGGUAAAAGAACACGAGGCUGAAGUAGAAUGGAAAGUAUUUCCAUUGUAUGGAGUGCAUAUUGCUCAAUUUGCUCUAAUGGUAAAAGAGCUCAAUAAAGAUAUAUCGUGGCUUUACCUCGUUUAUCAGCACGAAAGUAAUAAAUUCAUCCAAGAGUUGAUACCAAACCGAGUGUACGUGGUUCAAGUUUUAGCUUUCAAUGGCUCACUCACUGAUGGUCCGUCCUACUCAACCAACACGAUCAACAUCACAACGCCGCCUGGCGGUGAGUAACAAGACAAAGUGCUCAAUAAAAAAUUAAAUUCAGUAAAUUAUACUACUACAUGAGAAAUUUCUGCAAUCUGAUUGGCUGAGAGCAGUGGUAUUUCACCUUUAUUUGAAAUACCUACAUGUGAAAUUUACAAACCUUUAGCGGGUAGUAGUAUAAACAAAUAAUAGCAUGAUUUGUACGUGAUAUUAGGCAUAAAUACCACUCGUGAUAUUUGAAAAUUGUCUCAAACUUUACUCGCCUAACGGCUCGUGAAAUUACGUAUAACAAUCUUGAAAUAUCACUCGUGGUAUUUAUGCCAAAUAUCCCUACAAAUCAUGCUAUUACCUAUACUAAAACAUCGCUAAGGAAAUCUACCCAUCCCAGAAAAUUUGGUAAUCACGUGACCGACCGACCGACCGUCCGUCCGCACCACAGGCAUACCAAUGUUUACUCUCACACUUUCUAGCUACUUUGGGAGCCCAGGAGAAAGCUAAUUGCACAUCGAUGUUGUCAUCAAUUGACAGCUGUCAAAACAGGGUAUCCGCUGACCACUAUCACCUGACCGAAUCGCGGGCUCAGGUGUCGACCCAUCGAGGUCGAGUAUUUUUGAAGUUACCCGCUGACAAUUUACUCGUUUUCAAAUGAUCGCAGGCUCACGUUUACUUUUGUUUUAAAUUCAUAUCAAAUAUGUUGUGUUUAUGUCGGUAUCGCCCCGCACUAUUACGAUUUUGAUUUCAAACUGACUUCAGAUGCAAAAAUUCAGCCAGUGUUUUUAAAAUACAGGCUGGGAAGACCUAUUUUUCCCAUGGGCACGUGUUGGUCACGCUCAAAGUCCAAUUUUUAUGCUCUGAUUGGUUAAAAUUUGACAGGUGAGUUCAUGCGGAAAAUUUAUGCAGCAUCUUGAAAGUUGUUUACUUUGACAGCUGAAGCUGACAGAGUUUUGAGUCAACUUGUGAUGUUUUUAACUGUCUUUUUCCACUGGAUGUACAAAAUGAAAUACAGCUGCUAUCAAGAGUGUUCUCUUAUUCAUGGCUGGUUUGUUUAUUGGGUUUUUGGUUGAAAAAUGCGUCGCUUGUCAAAGCCGAUAAUCCGAUUUCGGAUGACAUCGUUUUUGUUUUUCACCUUGCUGGAUGCGUACGAGAAUUAUAAAGGCUCAAACGAUCCUUGCCUUACUUGAUAGCUUUCAGGAGCUGCAUCUCGAAAUAUGGUAAGCCUGAGUAAUUAUUGUAUUUAAAUCUAAUUUCAUGAAGUCCAGCGGCGCAGUUUAUGAAGCUAGUUUAUGCACGUUUGAAUUAAGAUUUGACGGAGACACUGAUCUGACUUCGUAUGAGGUUUGAUACAAGCUUCAGCUUACAGAACUUUAAAAAGCCUUUAGUCGAUAUUAAUUCACUUUAAUAGAAAGAAAAAACUUUCCGAAGAAUAUUUAGUUAUAAUUUUGGCUGUAGAAAAAAAGCUUUGAACGAUUUUCUUUUCGUGAGUUCAUCUUUGAAAACAGCCAACACCGGGAAACCGGCGGCUUAAAACAUAAACUUUAAGCUUACUGGUAAAGACUUGAUCGAGGAUUCUUAGACACACUUAAAUACUCAUUUUUUUUUUCGUGAAUGAAAAUUGUUGUCUCUGUAAAUGUUCUAUCGAAUUAUUUUUCUUUAUUGAUUUUUGGUAGUCUCAAAAGUGUAAUUUUCAUCGCUUUGCCGUUUGUUUUAGGGCGUUCAUAAACAUCGCUCGCAGGAGUACUCAAAAUGCCAAGCGUAUCAAACGCUUUUUAAGAUUACACAUCGUUAUAAAACCGUUGAUAAAAAAUAGACUCAGUAAAUUCUUUCACUUUGAAGCGUAACUGUUUUAAAAUUUCUUCGCAAAUUUGGCGCUUGUCAAAAGUUAGAACCGGCUUGCCGUAUAGGUGAUUUUGGAAAUUUUUUGAACGGUUUCGCUAAUUAAAAGUCCACGCGUGCCUCUAUGGUCCUGAAUUUUGAAUGAAUGCAAUUUGUCUUGAAAAAUUGUGAAAUACGGCAUUUUGUACGAGGUCUGUAUGAUAAAAACAGCACCUCAUAGUACUCUUUCUCCUCAGAUGUGGUGUAUUAAAAAAGCUAAAAGAUUGGUUUGCACGCACCCUGAUUUAUUGGCAAGAAUUUGUAAACUUGUCGAACGCAAAAAAUUCGGUCUGAUUUGUUUUGCACUCCUUAUCUACUGUGAUCAAGAGCCAUCAUUGCUCUUAAAUCUGACCGAAGACUAUUUUUUGGGUGUACAUAUAAGGCUAUAUCAAGUCGAUACAAAAUUUGUUUCAUUCCAAAAUCACUUAGCUUUUCCCUCAAAAGUCACAUGAAUGUGCCCUUAUAUUACGUUAACUGAUUUGUGGAAUACAAAAUUAUUGUUUGAUUUAAGAUAUAAAUUUAUCAAUGGGAGCUUCGCUUUUAGCUGUGGCUAAAUAUAUAUAUUACUCGAUGUAGUUCGGCUUUUUCGUAAUGGUUUGAGAUAUUCAAAAUUUAAUUUCUCGUGCUAAUUCCGACUCUUUAUUGAAAUGAUUACAUUCCUCGUCCAAUUCAAUUUAAGAUACAAAAUACUACUAAAAAGUCUUUACUAAGAAUGUCGUGAGACCAGUACUUUUAAUUCAUGUCUUAUUAUUGCUUGUUUCCUUCAGCGCCUAGUGUGCCUCCCGUUUUCCAUCUGCAAAAUCUACAAUCCGGCAAUGCUAUCCUUGUUGUAUUGAAACCGAUUCCAAAAGAACAUCAACACGGUGUAAUCAACGGAUAUAUCGUUUACUAUAAGGAACGAUAUCAUUACGAAGAGACAAAACUCAACAUCAGCUCGUCUUUAACACAAGUGAUUCUCUUCGGUUUGCAUCCAUUUAAGGAGUACGAGAUUGCAGUUGAGGCUUUUACAUCAAAAGUAGGGCCCCGUUCGGAAUGGCAGACCAUUGUAGUUGGUAAGUGGCAGUACUGUCUGUUAAUGAAUCAAUGAAUGAAGAAAUCUAAAGUAAUAAAAAUAUUUGACUAUUUAUAACGCAACUAGAAUAAAGCACGGCGCGCUCUGAUUGGCCAAUUUCCCAUUUACUUAUUUAAUUUUGCCCAUGGGUGAAUGGUGGCCAAAGCUAGCGCGGGCUCAAAGCAAAACCACGUCACAUUCUUUGCGACUGUUUAUUUUAUUUACCUCACAUUUUGGUACAGUUUUUGUGUUAAUACAUGCAGAAAGAAAGUUUAGAAAGACCGUUCAAGGUAACGCAAAAGGCGAAACGAUUUUUUUUUGGAUAAAGUAAUGUGAAAGAAUAAUUGGACACGCCAUAGUGCGAGCAGAUGACAGCACUCACGUCAUUACCCUGCUAUCUGUUAGCAAAAAUAUAACUUUUUCUCAUUUUUAAUUUGAUGUUAUGAAAUAAUGGUGAACGACUCAGCGUGUACUAUGUGGUUAUAGUCGCACAUGUGAGAAUUGCUUAGCACUCAAAAAGAAGACUCUUACGCUUACGCUGAGCCCUUUACCAUUUGUUAAUUUUUCAACGUAACUGAUGGUAAUAAUCAAUAGGCCACUUCCGAGUUCCCCCGGGCCUCUAUAUCAAAACGAGGUUAAGUGCUCAGCUUUUGAUAUGGAAAUGAUUUUUCAAUUCCUGGCAAAUAAAACUCAUUUUCACAAGAAAGGUUGUGCACUUAGCCUCAUUUUGAAAGUGAGGGUUUUGGGAACUCGGAAGUGGCCUAUUUAGGAGCUUUAGAGAGAAAAAUUAACCAGCCAAAACAUGUUAACCUAGCUAGGACCUAGGUUAUUUCAUUACAGUUUACCUUGCUUGGGUGUGAUCGGACUGAUCGAAUUAACUGAUUUAUAAAUUUCUCUUACUUUUUGUUUUAAAAUCAGUUAAGUAUAAAUUGCUGGAUUUUCAUAGGUUGAAGCUUAUUCGUUUUUAUUUUUUUGGGUUUUAAGUAAUUAAAAGUAUAAAUGGACGCUUCGCUUUUAGCCUUUUGCUAAAUCUAUAUAAUUAUAACGGUUUGUAUUUUGUUACUGUUAGGUUGUCGAAGGACAUUUAAUCAGUCAUACGGAGAGAUGAACGUAAGUAAAUCGGACUGGGACUGGAGAACUCGCGAAUGCUCUUGGACAAUUUACAAUCCUGGAAUAGAAAAUGCAGUCCUUCUAAUGUCCAUUUGGAAAAUAAAGUUUUACAACUGCUGGUACAAGUAAGGCAAAUUUCUUCAAGUUUUAGUUUUAUGCUGUUAUUUAUCAUCAUCAUCAUCAUCAUCAUCAUCAUCAUCAUCAUCAUCAUCAUCAUCAUUCCUUUAGUGUCAGUUCUUUGUCAGUUUGCCAAGUUUAAGGUUGCUUGGCAUCAGAAAAAAGAAUAAAUCGAAGUAAAUAAUAAUAACAAUUAUAAUAAUAGUAAUACUUUAAAGUAAACAUAUUUUAUUGAUAACAUACUAACUAUUAAAUUUCUAUUUACAAUCAAUUCACUUAAAAAAAGCUAUUUCGUCAAAAUACUAUUUCGUCAAAAUACUUAUUUAAAAUUAGUUUUAAAAGUAAGGAAACACAUCAAUACUCCGAUUGAAUGGCUCCUUCAACAACUUCGACGUCCAUGUCAAAAUUCUUAAUGUCACCUGGCACUCCUCUUGUCCUAGAGCCUCUAAGACAAACCAACGCAGAUCUCAAGAGUGCGAAUGAGGUUGUGGUUCUAAUCCAUGAGAUGGUUUUGGCAUACUGCUCCCCUUUUUUGAUGGCAAUCAGCUGUGCUAAACUGCUAUGAUACAUGCAAAGCAUAAAUUGCUAAUAUAGGGUACAAAAUCCGAAUGUUGUGCAGUGCAGCUGCUCUGUUGAGUGCAUGGAAUGCAUUAGAGGCGUCGAUAAGCAGUACGGCAUCAGUGUCAUCUGAUUCAGCUAUAGUAUGCAUAGCGUGUAUUGCUUCCUCGCUUCCGGACUUUUGUCCAGCACACAGCUGGAGUGAACCGCUCGCAUCGAGGACAUCCUUGUUAACAACACUCAUUAAACACUUUCCACAAAUUCCCCUUAACACUUCCCCGACUCCUAUUGGUCUAACAGCACCUUCGCCUUUAUCCAGUGGAAUCAGACGGUUAGCUACCAGGGGCUCUAUGGUCAUAGGAUCAAUGUAUUGCUUACACAGAUUCCUUGUCAUUGUGGCUAUUGCCUCAAACAGCCUUGUCGAUGACUGUUUAAAGGACUUGCAAGCAAGGAUUCUUCGGAGACCAUUCGCGUCAACCCCAGGGAGGGGCCUCCUGCUUCUUUUGUUCUCAAGGCAGCUUGCCUGACCAUCUCACCGUUAAUCUCUGUAUACGCGGAUUCCGGACACUGGUCAUCAAUUGGGCCGAAGAGCAGUGAACCUAAUUUGGCUGUUUGUGGAUUGGGAUGUUUCUGUUUUAACUGCGACAUGACCUCAUCUGUUAAAAACAGCACACCACCACUAGUUGUUUUGGUCUGGAAACGAAGCGCUGAGUUGAUUUGGCCUUCCAGUACAAGCUUAGCAAAAACCUUAAAUCUAUCGGGCGGUUCCGACGCCUUGAGUUUUCCGAUGCGAACUUGAAUAAUUCUACCUUCGCGUAAUAACUUAUUAAUUUUACCUUGCCUCCAAAGUAUUAGGCGCUUAGACAAGACAUCUUGAUGAUCUUUUGCAUUAGACUUAGGGCUUGGCUUUUGGAGCCCUACAGCGAGGAGCACAAAAGCUGCUUUCAGAGAUAUAUGCUGAUUGUCGGAACCACUAUUCCAGUCAUUAAUAUGCAAAGUCACUUGAUCAAUAAAAUCCCCUACUACUUUCCCAUACGGCACAAGAAAUACGUUUUUUCUCCAGGAUGCGAUCUCGUUGUAAGCAUCUGUUAUGAGUGACGUCGAUAUAACGAUUGCAUUACCAUCGCUUCGUUUCGCCCAGUUGAUCAUAGAUGGCUUGUAAAUGGUAUUAUACUCUGGAAGGCAUCCCGAGCUGUUUAAAUGGUCCUCACCUUGCUCUUUCUGCUCUACGUCUCCUGGGAUUUGAGGAGGACUAGCUUAUGUAAAUCUUGGUUUGAUGAGGCUAACAGAUUAGCAUAUUGUGAUUCACUCCCUGUUUCUUCAAGAAAUAGAUAAAUCUCUAUUUAUGGGCAAACAAGUAAAGCCUGUCAAGUUUGCUCCGAUUUGUGCAUCCAUAGACACGUUUCUUUGAGCGAGAACUCUUGAAUUUGCAUCCGUCUGUGCCUCCCACAAUAGGUUUUCCGAGCUCUCUUCUAACGUUUUCUCAAGUCUAGCUGCUUGAUCUCGUAAGUGCUGGCUUGAGAGUCCGAGAUCUCCAAAUCCUUUCGCAUCCCAGAGUUCACUCAUAAUUCUGAUACAGCCUUUUUCCCUCCCAUUACCAUCCGGCGGUGGUUGUUCCAAUAGCGUGAUAGCCACGGCCUCUCGUUUACAGCUUAGAAGAUCGGCAUUCAUUUGAUCCGUCCAUUUGGGUUUAGGUUUUAAUUUUCUUCGGUCAGUCAUUCUUAUAAAUAAUAAUGCUGGUGAUAAUCGGAAACUUUUGGCAAUAAACAAUUCCGAAAAAAAGCUGCUUUAAACAUUUUAAGAAAUUAUCUUUGCCUCCGAGAAAACGUGACCGUACGUCCAUCCAUAACACUCUCUUCUAUCAUUAUACUCUUAUUCCGUACGUCCGUACGUCCGUUCAUAGCACUCUCUUCCAUCAUAUAAUAGUAAUGAUAAUAACAAUAAUGAUGAUAAUUACGAACUAAGACGAUUAACUCAAGAUGUUUUUGACCCAGCUUUACAUAAUUAGCAUAAGUGUCAUAAUUCCGAGGUAUUUGUAUGUAAUUAAUGACCCGCCUUGUAAUUCAGUUAAUGCUGCAAAAAGGUUGAAUAAACGAUCAUUAUUAUUAUUAUUAUUAUACUGUUUUUUUUUCAACAUAUACAAGAAAAGCUUUUACCGAACAUUUAUACCGUAUACUUGCUUUUGUUGUUGUUUUGUUUUGCUGCUGUCGAUCUAUAAGGAGUUCACAAUAAGCUGACAAAAAAAAUAAUUACAAUGAAAUUAAAUAAAUAAGAAACAAUUGUUUAAAAGAAAUUCUCCCCGAAACAUUGCACAUGUAUGUAAGAAUUUUAUUAGGGACCGGAGCUUGAGCAACAACGACGGCGACUGCAACAAGCACGGCAAAAAAACAGUAGCUUUAUAUUAGCAAAACAACAACUUUGCAUGUGCAUCACGCUUUUGAACAUUUAUUUGCCGUUGCUGCACCACUACAACUUGAAAGUGCCUAAUUUCACGUUUU